UCCGUCAGGCCCCCGGCUUGGGGUGCCCGCCUUCCCCAUGGCUGGACACCUGGCUUCAGACUUUGCCUUCUCACCCCCACCUGGUGGGGGUGAUGGGCCAGGAGGGCUGGAGCCGGGCUGGGUGGACCCUCGGACCUGGCUGAGCUUCCAAGGGCCUCCAGCUGGGCCUGGAAUCGGGCCCGGGGUCGGACCAGGCUCAGAGGUGUUGGGGCUCUCCCCUUGCCCGCCGCCGUAUGAGUUCUGUGGAGGGGUGGCAUACUGUGGGCCGCAGGUUGGACUAGGUCUAGUGCCCCAAGUUGGCGUGGAGACUUCGCAGCCUGAGGGCCAGGCGGGAGCCGGAGUGGAGAGCAGCUCAGAGCGGGUCUCCCCUGGGCCCUGUACCGCCCGCCCCAGUGCCGUGGUGAAGGUGGAGAAGGUGGAACCAGCUCUCGAGGAGUCCCAGGACCUGAAAGCCCUGCAGAAGGACCUAGAGCAGUUUGCCAAGCUGCUGAAGCAGAAGAGGAUCACCUUGGGGUACACCCAGGCCGACGUAGGGCUCACCCUGGGCGUUCUCUUUGGAAAGGUGUUCAGCCAGACCACCAUCUGCCGCUUUGAGGCCCAGCAGCUCAGCCUCAAGAACAUGUGUAAGCUGCGACCCCUGCUGGAGAAGUGGGUGGAGGAAGCCGAUAACAAUGAGAACCUGCAGGAGAUUUGCAAAGCAGAGACCCUGAUGCAGGCUCGCAAGAGAAAGCGGACGAGCAUUGAGAACCGUGUGCGGGGGAACCUGGAGAACAUGUUUCUGCAGUGCCCCAAGCCCACUCUGCAGCAGAUUAGCGUCAUUGCCAAGCAGCUUGGGCUGGAGAAGGAUGUGGUCCGAGUGUGGUUUUGUAACCGGCGCCAGAAGGGCAAACGGUCAAGCAUCGAAUAUUCCCAACGAGAAGAGUAUGAGGCGGCCGGGUCUCCUUUCCCAGGGGGGCCUGUAUCCUUUCCACGGCCCCCAGGGCCCCAUUUUGGUGCUCCAGGCUAUGGGAGCCCACACUUCACCACACUCUACUCUUCAGUCCCUUUUCCCGAGGGUGAAGCCUUCCCCUCUGUUCCUGUCACUGCUCUGGGCGCUCCCAUGCAUUCAAACUGAGGUGCCAGCCCUGCUGGGGAUGAGGUGAGCUGAGGCGAGGGGGAAAAAGAUAGAGAACCCGGAGCCACCACAGCUUUGGGGUUAAGUUCCUUUACUGAGGAGGGAUCAGAACCACAAAAAGGGCGGGGGGAGAUGAAGUUCAGUGAUGCUGUUGAUCGUGAGCCCAUCACUCA